CCAUCAGGGUAAUACUCGGGUCCGGAUCAGGCUGUACUGUACAAUGAGGAAGCCUGAGCCAUCUGGAAAAAACAACUCCAAUAACAAGCUUAGAAAGGGGUUGUGGUCACCAGAAGAAGAUGACAAGCUCAUGAACUACAUGCUAAACAGUGGACAAGGUUGUUGGAGCGAUGUGGCCAGAAAUGCCGGCCUUCAAAGGUGUGGCAAAAGUUGUCGGCUUCGAUGGAUCAAUUACUUGAGGCCUGAUCUUAAACGAGGUGCAUUCUCACCACAAGAAGAGGAACUCAUCAUCCAUUUGCAUUCCCUUCUUGGAAACAGAUGGUCUCAAAUAGCGGCGCGCUUACCUGGGCGAACAGACAAUGAAAUUAAGAACUUUUGGAACUCAACAAUAAAGAAAAGACUCAAGAACUUGUCUUCCACAACCUCACCAAACGCAAGCGAGUCUUCAUAUGAGCCUAAGUUUACUACUUGUACGCAAGAUCAUCAUGCUGAUUUUAUGCCUAUGUUCAGUUCAUCAUCUCCAUCAUCAUCAAUGCAUGCCACAGUUCUCAAUUCCAUAAUUGACAGGUUGCCCAUGCUAGAGCAUGGACUAAACAUGCCAGUUCCUGCUAGUACUGGAUUCUUCAACGCUACUGGGCCAUGCUUCUCACACAGUAGUGGAGUUGACAACAAAGGUUUUUAUAUGGAAAAAGGAGGAGUAUUUGGAAGUGGGGCAGAAGGGGAUAUGUAUAUUCCUCCUCUAGAGAGUGUUAGCACUUUUUCUGACCAUAACCUUAAAGUGGAGAGUACAUGCAACACAGAUACUAACAAUAGUUACUUUGAUGACAUAAAUAGUAUCGUUAAUAAUUGCAACGUUAGCAACAAUAAGAAAGGUGAGAAUAGAGCUGGGGUGGAAAAUUUAUUUCAAGAAGAGUUAACCAUGGGAGAGUGGGACUUGGAGGAGUUGAUGAAAGAUGUUUCAUCGUUUCCUUUUCUUGAUUUUUCAAACUGAUGAUCCAAUCAGUGCUCUCCCUUUAAUUUCCCUUUUAAAGUCUUCCGAGGUACCAUUGGCUGCUUGCAUAUCAUUAUUGGAACGUUCAGCACCACCACCACCACCAUAUAUAUCCUAUGCAUCUUAUUAGGUACAUUUGGUGAUCUCCUUAAAACCUUGUAAUAUUAAUUUGUAUUUUUUUUCCAUUAUACUAGAGGAGCAAAUUAUUCACUGAUUAACAAGGUAGGUCUGAAAUAAAAGUCAAUCAUAUGUAUAUCUGGAUUGGCGAUCAUGUAAUUAGUCUUGCAAAUUUGUCAUCAUGAUGAAAUUGAGGUCACUUUGUAU